AUGUCUAUAGAAGUGAAUGAAGACAGCCCUGGAAGCGAAGAGAAAGAGGAGCAAACUCCAGACAAAGACAUUCGCGGAUAUCAAAGAAGAUUGAAGAAGAGACUUAAUAAAGGAUCAUGAAAUAGACCCAAAAGCAAUAGACUCGUGCUAAAUGGAGUUAAAGGCCAAAUCCGAAUUCCAACCAUAAAUAAUUUCCACGCUCAACGAAACAGUAAUGGGAAUGAAGAGCGCUUGUUUAACAAAACUCCUGAUAGGAGCAAAGAUUUUCUUGCCAAAAUCCAAAGUUUAAUAAAAAAUUAUGGAGGAAAGGAAUCUAUAGCCAGAUCAGCUUCAAUGUUUAGAGUUCCCAAAAAGACUCUUUUCAACAAUAAUGCUAGAGUCACGAUCGAUGCAAAGACAAAUGAAGUUAAGAGGAUCAAGCCGAGAAGGCCAAAACUUGAUAAAGAGAAGCUCUACGACCAAGUGAUUGAAUACAAAAACCUGAUGAAUGAGUACAAAGAUGAAAAUAUUAGGUUAAAGACUAAACUUAAGCAAUUAGAGAAGGAACAGGUUAACAAUGAAAUCCUUACAGAGGAAAUAAAACAAGCACCUCAAUUUGUGGGUAAGAUCGGUAAAACUAUGACCAGACAAAGAGAAACCCUUUUUGUACUUGCUCUAAAGAAACAAGUAGCAGAGCAAAAGAAUAUACUUCGACAGAAGGACACUGAGAUUGAAAAACUGAAGAAGAACUAUAAACAUACCAGAAUUACUGAGCUAGAGAUAGAUCAGAAAGUAUACAUAGAAGAGUUAAUGAGAAUGCGUGCGAUUCUAGAAGAAGUCCUCAAAUCUAAAGAGUCCCCAGCUAAUACGGAGUGCCCUAAGAAUCAGCUCAAUAGUGAUACAAUUCAAGAUAACAAGCUUAAAAAUGCUAAAAAGGAAAAUAAAGAGCUUACUACAAUCAUCAAGAGUAAAGAAAAGCAGAUCAUUGACCAGUCCGAAAAACUCAAGGAGAGGGAUACAAGAAUUGAGAAACUCAAAGCAUCUGUUAAAGAUAAAAAUAAACUAAAACAGCAACAUAAAGAGAAAAAUAAAGAGCUUAUCAAAAUAAGAAACGAGCUGACCCUUCUAAAGACAAAGACUGACACUAAAGGAGUGCAGAAUACCGAUAUUGUCAUGAGAAGCUCGACCGAAAGACAAAAAGACCAAAUCAUCACUAAAAAUAAGGAAAUUGACUCAUUAAGACAAGAGAAAAAGAUUCUUACUAAUAAAGUAAACUCUUUAACCAAGAAACUAGCGAACACUGAUGAUAAUUUUGAUGAGAUUUACCAAAAAUUGCAGGAAGAAACCAACCAGAGGAAAUACUAUGAAGAACUAUAUCAAGAAGAGAGGGAGAAAAAUAUAGAUCUUAACAGUCAAAGCCCAAAGAGAACAACUUCUGGAAAAGAUCCUGAUAUUAUUAAAAACUCAAGACCUCAAGUAGCAAGCAUUCAUGGGAGAGGGAAGACUAGUAAUAAAAGACUUGAGGAAGUAAAGGAGAAUAUAUUUGAAGAUACUUCUAACAAAUCACAAAAACACAUGAUAGAAGAUGGACAAGAGAAGCUUCCAAAGAAUCAGAAUCCUCCAAUCAGGUUGAAGAGUAUCACAGCGAUUGCUCUCUCCAUGCGACUUCAUAUCUCUAAAAUGGAAAUAGAGGAUCUGAAGGAAAUAUUCCCAGAGACCUCUUUUACGUUAGAAUCCUUAAGACUAAAAGUUAAGGAGUUAUUUAGACUCGAAGAUGAACAAGCAUUAAAGAUAUCAAGGUAUAUAUUUGAAAAAGAUGAGCCAAUUCUGAAUGGAGCUGUCAAAUUUGAUGAAAACAAAUCUAUGUCGUCGACUGAGGUCAUCUCUAUAGUAGAAACUCUUUGUACAAAAGGCAUAAAUUGAAAUUUCCCUCUUUUUCAAAAAGAAGACCCAAAAAUUAUUGAAAAAUCGAUUUCCUUGAAAAUUCAAAAGACCAAAAUUUCAGCUAUAGAUCUCUUAGAAGAAAUCCUUUCCUCCUGUAAGAUUGACGACGAGGACCACUCCGGCUAUCUCAGCGCAUCAAAGGUCAAACAAAUCAUCGAAUUCCAAGACCUAGACCUUACCCCUAUCGAACUCCUCCUUCUCCUCCAAAAGUUCUUCGUCCCUACCAGAUCCGGCCUUGACAAUCUCCACUACCCAAGCUUUGCUCAAUGCCUGGACCGCCUCCCGACCAAGCACUCAUCGCAAGCAGCGAUUAUUAAGAUUCAGGAAGAAGAGGAGCCUUUGGAGACUGACCGAAGAAGGAAAGAGGAGGGGAUAGAGAAAAGUGAGGUAGAGGAUGAAGGGUUGGAUGAGCUGGAGGAAGAGGUUGUGAGAGGUAAAGGAGAGGGUAUGAGUGGGGAUCAUGAAGAUGAAAAUUCUGAAGGGGGAUUGAAGGGAGAGAGGAUUAGAGAGGUUGGUAGUGAAGAGUGAGGUAGAGAAAUUUGCCCACAAGUAGAAAAUACUGAGGAGAGUGCUGAUUUAAAGGUUUUCACACCUAAAAGUUUUGGUGAUGAGCCAAAAGAGGUUUUUAAACAUAAAGAAUCUGAAAAUAGUGAAGUUGAAUAUGAAGAAUUUAGUCCUGAUGAAAACAAAGAAAAAUCCUCAACCAAGGAAGCUCAUCAGGAUGCUUCCCAAGAGUUGAAAAAGAAAGAUAAAGUAACAAAUCAAGAAGACUUAUUUCCUAAAAACGAAAGUGAGAAAUAUAUCAAUGAUUCUCAGCAUAUUCAAGAGUCUGAGAAAAGUGAAAAAGAGCUACAAAAAGAAGCCUCUCAAAAAGAUAUAAAUGAUAAAGAAGCUUCCAACAAGGCCAUGAACCAUUCAGAGGAUACAUCUCCAAAGAAACACAAAAAGAACUUAGAUAUGAGCAAAUUUAGACCUUUAAGUUUGAAAAUAAUAGCAGAUUUAACUACUUAUAUCUCUCAAAACCCUGACGCUAAUUUAUUCGGAGACAAAGUAUUUAUUCAGACAAUCAAAUCCAAGAACAAGCAAACAGAUGUUUAUUUGAUAGAGGCAGAACACUUCUUUGAAGUACUUGAACUGUUCGGGAUUGUAUCUGUACCGUUUAACCCAGUUCACAAGGAAGAACUACAGAAAGCCAAAGAAAAUCUCCAAGAGAUACUUUGCAUUGACCUUACUUAUAAAACUUUAUUGAUGAUUAAAAAGGUUAAUCUGACUGUGAGCCAGCUCUCUAGCGAUACGGAGUUGCUGGAGAAGGCAAAAAGUUAUCAGUAUCCUUCUGUAAACCCUCCCAGCCCAAUCCAGGUACACAAUGAUUCAGAUUCUGAAGAAGAGAAAAAUAUCUAUGAAAAAGAAUUUGAGAGUGAAGAGAAAGUUAAAAGAUUAAAUUCUAGUUCAUCAGAUCUUAGAAAAUCUCAUAAAAAUGAUGAAGUGCUUUCCCCCAAAGAUAGUAAGUAUGAAUCGUCCUUCAAUGAAGCAAAAGAUGGCAAAUCAUUAAAGAAAUCGCACCCUUCUGAUAAGAAAGAAGUAAAGCAAGAAGAGGCUUUUGAAAAAGCUGAUUUAGCCGGUCAAAGUUCUCAAAAAUUAGAUUCUAAAGCUCCCGAGCCUUCAAAAGAGAGCAAUGAAAUUUUAAAAAGUGUACAAGAACAUGAGAAACCACUCAAGUUUGAUGAUUCUCAUGAGGAUGAGCUUUCCAGCCCAAGAGAGGUAGUUGAAGGACCUCCAGAUGGAAUUGCCAAAGACUAAUUUUACAGACCAAUUUCAAUACUUCUGAGACUAUUU